AUGUGUCCUUGUGUCUGUUCUCUGGAUGUGAAAUAAUCACCAGUGUGAACACGUUACACUUAAUGAUUAAAAACUGGAUUUUUGGAGCAGAAUCAUAUCUUCUGUCUUCAAUUAUUCAUCAGCAGUAUGUAUAAAUAGAUGAUGCGAUGAGGAAGAUAACGAGGAAGACAAGCUGAGAUCAGAAAAGCAGACACCACUAAAUGACACUUUGAUUAGACACAAGAAAGCUCAAGUCCAAAACGCAUAAAAUGUACAACCGCAUUUCAGUCUGAUGGAUUAUUAACCAGCCGGCAGAAAUGUACCAAGCAGGUCGAUGAUGAAGGAGAGCUACGCACACCACGUGGUGUCCUGGCGUGACGUCGUAAAUCAGUCAGACGCAUUUUUCCUCUUCCCUACCCGUAUCCUGCAAGCCCCGCCUCUUUUUUUUAGAAAAGGAGCCCGCUGAUUGGACAAACCAUACAUCAUUCAUUUUGAGAAAACAAUCGACUUUCGAUAGUAUGAACCAGAAACCAGUCCUGACCCAGGAGGCGGAGUUUCUAGCAGCACGGGUGGAAAUAAUAAUAAUAAGAAGAGAGAGCGAGAGUGAGAGAGAGUGAGAGAGAGAGAGAGAAAAAAAAAGAAAAAGAAAAAAAAAAAACGCCGGAGAUGGAGAAGAGUGGAAAAAAAGAAGGGAGGAGGAGGAGAGGAAGGAUGGACGUGCACUAUCGAGCGUGAAACAUUUAUAAGGGGUGUAUUUGUAUUUGUACAUAGCUUAUAAUUCUAUAAUUAAGAUCUCAGAUGGAAUUUUAUUUUGCAAAGCAAUACACGCAGUGAGAUACUAUAAGCCAUGCAUAUGUCAGCCUAUGCAACGACGCUGGAUUUGCACUAUUAAAUCACUGCAAUUUUUUGUGCAUGUAAACACCCAGUGAGCGGAAAUUAUUCUGAAGGACGUUUGUUUUUUUUGUUUGUUUGUUUGUUUUGGGUUUUUUUUAAAUGCACCGGGCCUGUCAACAUUUAUGCAGAAAUGGUGCAGCUGUUGUUUCUUGUAAUUUCCAACGUGCUUCCCACACUUAUUGCAUCCAUGCAUAAUUCAACAACUGGAGGGUGUGCCAUCAUUCGCCCUCCUAGAGAUGGAGGGAUUCGUUACAGAGGACUGACACAGGAGCAGAUUCGCAGUGUGCAGAUUUUGCCUGUAGACUAUGAGAUUGAAUACAUCUGCCGGGGGAACAGGGUGAUUGUAGGCCCGAAGGUGCGGAAGUGUCUCCCUGAUGGCACGUGGACAGAUAUGGAUCAGCAGAGCAGAUGCUUGUUUCUGUGUCCUCACUGGUGGACGUCUUUGGAGAAUGGCAGAGUGACAGUGCAACCCCCUGGACCUCCAGUAGAAGGCACUGUGCUCCAUUACAGUUGUCACGCUGGCUUCCAGUUGGAGGGCAGAAACGUUUCCAACUGCACCAAGCAGGGCAAUUGGGACUCGCCCAAACCACUGUGUGUUUAUGACAGAAAUUAUACAGGGAAGAAGAAGCUGUACAUCGGCGCGCUGUUCCCCAUGAGCGGAGGAUGGCCUGGGGGACAAGCAUGUCUGCCCGCCGCGCAGAUGGCACUGGAGCUCGUCAACAACCGCACUGACAUCCUGCCCGACUAUGAACUCGAGCUCAUCUAUUACGACAGCAUGUGUGACCCAGGGGAAGCCACGAAGCUCCUGUACGACCUCCUCUACACAGAGCCGAUAAAAAUCGUCCUGAUGCCAGGGUGCAGCUCUGUUUCUACACUAGUGGCUGAAGCAGCUCGCAUGUGGAACCUUAUAGUGUUCUCCUAUGGCUCCAGCUCUCCAGCACUGUCCAACAGGCAACGUUUUCCAACAUUCUUCCGCACACAUCCCUCUGCGACGCUGCAUAACCCCACACGAGUGCGCCUCUUUCAGAAGUGGAACUGGAGCAAGAUCGCCACCAUCCAGCAAACAACAGAAGUCUUCACUUCGACGCUGGAUGAUCUGGAGCAGAGGGUGAAGGAAGCUGGAAUAGAGAUAAGCGUGAGACAGAGUUUCCUCACUGAUCCCGCCGUGGCUGUCAAGAACUUGAAGCGUCAAGAUGCCAGGAUCAUUGUUGGCCUAUUCUAUGAGACUGAAGCAAGAAAAGUCUUUUGUGAGGUCUAUAAGGAGAAACUCUAUGGAAAGAAGUAUGUCUGGUUCCUCAUUGGCUGGUAUGCAGACAACUGGUUUAAAAUCAAAGACCCAGCCAUUAACUGCACUAUGGAGCAGAUGACGGAGGCUGUGGAGGGACACGUCACUACAGAGAUCGUCAUGCUGAACCCUGAGACUGUUCGUGGUGCCUCCAACCUGACUUCCCAGGAGUUUCUGGCUCAGCUUAUGUCUCGUCUUGGUGGGAAGAACCCUGAGGAGACAGGGGGUUUUCAAGAGGCUCCCUUGGCAUAUGAUGCAGUGUGGGCUCUUGCUUUGGCUCUUAAUAAGACGGUUGCACCGCUACGAGCUAAAGGAAGAAGACUGGAAGACUUUAAUUACAACAACCAGGACAUCAAAGCGGAGAUAUAUCGGGCUCUUAAUACCAGCUCAUUUGAAGGAGUAUCAGGCCAUGUAGUCUUCGAUGCUCAGGGAUCCAGAAUGGCUUGGACACUCAUAGAACAACUGCAAGGUGGGAGUUACAAGAAGAUUGGAUAUUAUGACAGCACAAAAGGCAAUCUUUCGUGGUACGGAAAUGACAAGUGGAUAGGCGGAGACCCUCCAAGAGAUCAGACGGUGGUUUUAGAAGAAUUUCGCUUCCUUUCCCAAAAGCUGUUUGUUUCGGUAUCUGUGUUUGCUGGCCUGGGAAUCAUCCUGGGCAUCGUUUGUCUCACAUUCAACAUCUACAACAGCAACAUUCGGUACAUCCAGAACUCUCAGCCAUACCUGAAUAACAUUACAGCCGUAGGUUGUGUACUUGCCCUGGCUGCUGUUUUUCCACUGGGCAUUGACGGUCUUCAUGUAGACAGAUCUCGGUUUCCUGUGGUGUGUCAGUUCCGCCUGUGGCUGCUGGGGCUGGGGUUCAGUUUGGCUUAUGGCAGCAUGUUCACUAAGAUUUGGUGGGUUCAUACCGUGUUCACUAAGAAGGAUGAGAAAAAAGACAAGAGGAAGCAUUUGGAACCCUGGAAGCUCUACGCAACAGUAGGAGUUUUACUGGCUAUUGACGUCCUGUCUCUGAUGAUCUGGCAGAUUGUUGACCCUUUGCACAUUACAUUAGAGAAGUUCACUAAAGAAGAUCCUAAAGGAGAUCUGGAUUUUUUGAUUCAGCCUGUACUGGAACACUGCAGCUCAGAGAAGAUGAACACAUGGCUCGGAGUGGUGUAUGGCUAUAAGGGCCUGCUCCUGCUGCUGGGCAUCUUCCUGGCCUAUGAGACAAAAUCCAUCUCCACUGAGAAGAUUAAUGACCACCGAGCUGUCGGCAUGGCUAUCUACAACGUGUCUGUUCUAUGUAUGAUCACAGCACCUGUGACGAUGAUUCUCUCCUCUCAACAGGAUGCCUCUUUUGCCUUUGCCUCUCUGGCUAUAGUGUUCUCCGUCUACAUCACUUUGGUGGUGCUCUUUGUGCCCAAGAUGCGCCGUUUGAUCAUGCGUGGGGAGUGGCAGUCUGAGCAGCAGGACACGCUGAAGACGGGAUCAUCUACCAAUAACAAUGAUGAAGAAAAAUCACGGCAGCUUGAGAGAGAGAAUCGAGAGCUCCAGAAGAUCAUUCAGGAGAAAGAGGAACGCGUAACAGAACUUCGUAACCAAUUAGCAGAACGUCAGGCUCUCCGGGCUCGGAAACCAGCAUCUUGUCAGAACCAAAACCAGAACCAUAGCGUCCCCCUUCUGGCUUCAUCUGAGCCUCCUGGAUACUCAUCUGGCACAGAGCACUCGGUGCCUCCUUCCUUCUCUAACAACUCCACCCUCUACCAUGGAGAAGGGAAGCUUAGCCGGAAUCACUGCCACAACAGCCGGCUGCCUCUUCUCUACAAAUGAGCUGGGCAGAACUGGAGAUAAACGGGCUGCGUGUCCAAGAGUUUGUGUGAGUUAACAGUGUAGUUUUAAUAAUUCUUUCAUUCCAAUCAUUUUUAGCAAUAGCUUCCAACAAGUGUUCAGGUCUUGUGCGACGCCAUCUUAUAUGUUGCCACUGUAUCAAUAUUAAUAUUAAUAUUCUACUGUGUACCAAGGUAUAUUAUGGAGUUUGUCUUGUUUGACAAAGUUUCAACUUUGCUUUACCUACAUGUCUAAAGAAAGCACAAAUACUAAGUAGCCUUUGGUAAAUAACUGAAAUGAGCAAGAACAUUCUCUAAAUAUUAAAAAUAAAUAAAUGAAUAAAUAUAUACGCAUGACAGUAAUCAAAAAAUUGGAACAAAUGCGUAUCAGUAUCAUUUGUGAUCUGUGCAAUUUUAUUUUAAGAAGUGAAACAUGUGAUGCUCAAUACCAAAUGUCACUCUCUCUUACUUCCACUUAAUCCUCUUUUUAUUGAGGGGAAUCCCUUAGGGGAAUAAUAACAUUAACCCUAGGCAGGGGAGGCCCCAUGUUUGCAGAAAUGAAAUUGAUAUUUAAAGCGCUCCAGGUUAGUCAGUUUAUGUAUAAGCUAAAGCCAAGCCCAUCGUUCACUGCAACAAAAAAAAAAAAAAAAAAAAAAGAAGAAGAAAAAAAAGAAAAAAUUUGCAUGACUGUUCCAUUCGCUUCCUGAAAUGUCUCAGUCUUCCGAAUGUUAUUCCUUUCAGACAUAAAUACCCUUUCCAUACUGAGUCUGCUUUUUUAGAAAUGAUAGGAGGGAAGUGAGCAGACACUGUGGGUGUUUAGGGUCAUUAGGUUUGGGCGAGUGUUUCAUAAGGGGUCCAUCCAAAACACUGUUUUGUUUUACAACCUUAUUCAAUAUUAACCUGCUUUUUCCAGAAUUCAAGUUUGGUUUAGAGGAAAAAGUCCAACCUUCCUUUGUCCUUUAUUUACACACUUAGUGUUUUCUGUAAAUCUUUUCGUAUGUUUUCUCCAGCACAACUGGUCAGCUUUUAUGACUUGCCAAGGCACACCUGUAGUAUUAAAUCAUGUACUACAAGCAUUUUUAGCACAUAAUGAGAGCACAGUGUACAACUAAUGGUGAAAUAGUUCCACUUAUUUAUUUUUUUCCUGAUGUUCAAUGUUGCCAUAAAAAAGUCCAGUUGCAAUUCGUUUUAGAUUUAGCACAAACAAUAAGCCUUACCCAGACCCUUUACUCUGCACUUUUAGCAUAAAUACAGUAUGUCUGUGUCUGCAAGGUAGUGUUAUUCAAAGAGAGAAUAUAAAUAAUUUACUUCUUGUGAUGGGAUUGAAUGAUAUUAAGAAACACAGUUAUAAAUACUGAUACUCUCGUGCAAUAUUUCAGUACUCAGUCUUUUCUAUGAUAAUAUAAUACUGAGCUUUAUGUUUGCACAGCGCUAUUGACCAUUGUUCAUGCUUUGGGUUGUUCAUAUGUUACACUGCUGUCGUAUUGUUGGAAAAUCACUCAGAAAAUGUGUAAAGUUUCUUUGUAUAAUUGCUUAGCUGAACAUAUUUAAACACAGCACGACAUAGCAAAUGUUUCUGCAGCAUGUAAACAUUAUAUUCACUAAUUUAGCUCAGGGUAUGUAAUUAUACUAACACUUUAUAUAUAAUAAAUGUUUAUUUAUCAGAUGUGUGCACUAUAUUACAACUGAAACAUACUCCGAAUCAUUCCAUAUUUAAAUCAAUUAUCCGAGCCCUAUAUAAUUUUUGGUAAUUGAUUUGUAAUUAAUAUAUGUGUUGUAAAUACAAUAAUCUUUUAUCUAUAUGCAAACUUUAUAGUUCAAUAAAACCCAUUAUUUUGCACUGACUUUAAAUGUUGUCUAGAAGUGGAUUUAAUACACUAGUAAUAUGUGAAGUUACU